AGCGGACGAUGGGUCUCCCGCCCUCUCCGUGAUCACAAACCCUGGCUGCUUCGAGACCGACUUCAGAGCCCCCUACCUUUCCCAGCCCAAGCCCCCCGCCCCGCCCGGUUCCCUGUCCGCCCCACUCUGACCCCAGCCUUCGGCCUCCAUUGCCACUGCAGGGCCGUCCCCUCCAUCUUCUCUCACCCGUGACCUGAACCCAGCUCUUACCCCCAUCCUCUCACUGUCCAUCUUGCGUAAAUGCAGCGUCGCCCCAGACCCCACUCUAGCCCAAUUCCAACCGCAAUCUCAGCCACAUUCCUCUGCCUCCCCCUAACACAUCUCAUCCUUACCCCUCAACCCCUCUGGCAAUCCUCGUUCACUACGCAAACCUCCCCCAGUUCCCUAUUUGGGAUUCUCCUUUUGUGUUCAACUUUCUUAUCCCAAUCUGUCAUACACCCUUUCUGUGCUCCCUGAGGUCUGCUUUCAUUUAAGAACCACCACCGAAGUAGGCGCCCUCCUUGAGUGCACCCCUUUCUUCUUGAUAAUUAUGAUCAUAGUCAUCUCCCAGGUUUUAUAUGUAUCUUGUUCUCACAGACUUGGUCUCUAACUCCUUAGUUCAUACACUUUUUCACUUUAUAACUCCAGUCGUCCUUCCACCUCCUACCAUCCGGAGGACACCCCAUUCCCUAAGUCUUUGCUAAACUGCCCCCAACUCUUACUGCCCUGUUUCCUGCUAACCCUCAUCCAAUCUUCUCGAAAACCAAGUCUCUGUGUCCUUUCACCUCUGCUGUCCCCACCCCCAUACUUCACACCCAUUCUUCUCUUGACCCAGCCCACAUUCAACGGCAUCCCCUGCCAACCUCACCAGCUGCCCUUUGGCAGCCAAAUCUAGGUGCUUGUUUAGAGCCAGGCAAUUAGAGACUGAACAGCUUGAGUGGGUGUGUGCAGGGCCUCAGGUGGUAAAUAAGUGUCAAGGAGUAGACCCCUCUGGAGUCGAAGUUUUUCUUAGUGCCUAAUCCCCUGUACCUCUUCCCAGGGACAUUGUUUCUAGCAUUCAUAUUAAAUUACUGAUGCUGACUGCUGGAGUGGUAGGCAUCAUCGAAAUACUUGGAAGGUGAGGGACAGUCACUCAUCCAGCUCAUUAGGCCUGGGGCGACAGAAGCCAUCACUUCCUUUUGGCUGGUAUUCUGGCCUUGAGAACCUCGGAGGGCCACUGUGUGAGGUUGGCCGUAGUCACAGAACCCAGUGUUUCUACCUGCCAGUGCUGAUUGUAAGUCAGUCCCAACUCUGCACACAGGGGACAUGAUAGGUGCCAGGGGCAAUGUUGUAUGUUGUAAAGAGUAUAAGUGAGUAGGUCCUGGGGAGGCUGAGACCUAGGUGGAUACAGAUACCACUGAAUCGCUUCAUUUUUUUGCAGGUGCUGGAUCAUUGAGUUUUGACUGUUUUAGGUCACUCAUGACACAGGGAGCCAAGUUAUCUCAGAGUAAAUGAGGCAGAAAGACAUCCUGAGGCACCCAGGCCCCAUGCUCAGCAUUUAUAGUCUCCUGGAGCUUUUUGAUGCACAUCUUCUCCAAACUCUGAUGGCCUGGCUUUAGAAGAGUUGGCCAUCCUCAUACAGUAAUUUGAAAGGGCCCCCAAAAGAACCCAUUGUCUUUGCUUACCAUUUUACUAUUAUAGUCUGUGAUUCCUCAAAAAUCGAAUGUGGUUCAGUAUCCCCCCAUUAAAGUGCAAUAUAUCUGCAUGGUUUUCAGCCUUAUCCACAGUUUGGUUUAAUGGAAAAAGUAAUGGUCUUAGUUCUCUAGUGCUGCUAUAACAGAAAUACCACAAGCGGGUGGCUUUAACAAACAAAUUUAUUCUCUCAUAGUCUAGGAGGCUAGAUGUCCGAAUCCAGGGGGAGGCUUUCACUCUCUAGGGGACGGUCCUUGUCAUCAAUCUCCCCCUGCUCUAGGAGCUUCUAGGGACCCCGGGUCCAAAGGACAUGUGCUCCUAGCUCAUCUAGCUUGGUGGUAGUGAGCCCCUUUGUCUCUCUGCUUGCUUCUCUCUUUUAUAUCUCAGAAGAGAUUGAAGAUACAAUCUAAUCUUGUAGAUCGAGUCCUGCCUUACUAACAUAACUGCCUCUAAUCCUACCUCAUUAACAUCAUAGAGGUUAAGAUUUACAACAUAUAGGAAAAUCACAUCAGGUAACAAAAUUGUGGACAGUCACACAAUUCUGGGGAUCAUGGCUUAGCCAAGAUGACACACAUUUUGGGGGGACACAAUUCAAUCCGUCACAGUACAUAAUGGCCCCACCACUUACAAGUUGUAUACCUUAACUUCCCACAGUCUAUGAAAUGGAAAUAGUAAUAUUGCUCUGUGCUUUAUUUUUAUUUCAUUCAUUGAUUCAUUCAUCAAGCAUUUAUUGAGCACAUCAUGCUUAGCAAAGUACAGGGUCAGCAGAAAAGAGGAAGACCCUCAACGAGGUGGAUUGACACAGCGGCUGCAACAAUGAGCUCAAGCAUAACAGCGAUUGUAAGGAUGGCUCAGGACCAGGCAGUGUUUCAUUCUGUUGUGCAUAGGGUCGCUAUGAGUCAGAACCGACUUGACGGCACCAAACAACAACAACUAACAACUACUGUGUGCCAGGCACUGUUCUAGGCACUGGAAAUGCGAUGGUGUCAUGUGAUUCUCUGUGGGAGCUGCUGCACAAGUGGAAAUGCUCUCAGUGGUGGAGAAUGGACUGGACCCCCGGGCUGCCAUCCCGGUCAUCAAGAAGAAGCUGGUGGGAUCAGUGAAGGCGUUGCAGAAACAGUACGUGUCCUCAGACACAGUGGUCACCAGUGAAGAUGGAGAUGCCAAUACCAUGUGCAGUGCCCUGGAGGCUGUGUUUAUCCAUGGCCUGCACGCCAAGCACAUCCGAGCUGAGGCUGGAGGAAAGAGGAAGAAAAGUGCCCACCAGAAGCCUCUGCCUCAGCCUGUCUUCUGGCCCCUCCUGAAAGCCGUUACCCACAAACACAUCAUUUCAGAAUUAGAGGACCUGGUCUUCGUCAACACGGAUGUGGGCCGCUGCCGGGCAUGGCUCCGACUGGCCCUCAAUGAUGGACUGAUGGAAUGUUACCUGAAAUUGCUCCUCCAGGACCAGGCCCGGCUGUGUGAGUACUAUCAGCCCACAGCCCUGCUUCGAGAUGCCGAGGAGGGCGAGUUUCUCCUUAGCUUCCUGCAGGGACUAACGUCUUUGUCCUUUGAACUCUCAUACAAGUCUGCCAUCUUAAACGAGUGGACACUCACCCCAUUGGCCCUCUCUGGACUUUGCCCCCUCUCUGAGCUCGACCCUCUCACUACCUCGGGUACAGAACUACAGCGGAAGGAGUCCCUGGAUUCAAUUUCCCAUUCCUCGGGCUCAGAGGACAUUGAAGUCCAGCACUCAGGCCAUAAGAUCCGGCGGAACAGGAAGCUGACUGCCUCCUCCCUCAGCCUGGACACAGCCAGUUCAUCCCAGCUGUCCUGCAGCCUGAACUCUGAUAGCUGCCUUCUCCAAGAAAAUGGCUCCAAGAGUCCAGACCGUUCUGAGGAGCCCAUGUCCUGCGACUCAGACCUGGGGACAGCAAACGCUGAUGGUUCAGAUCGGUCUCUGCAAGAGGUGUUGUCGGAAUUCAGCAAAGCCCAGGUAAACUCUGUGCCAACCAACGGACUGAGCCGAGAAACUGAGGCCUCUGCACUCCAGGCCUCACUCUCGUUCCACGGCCUUGACACCAGCACACACCUGCAUCUUGAUGUGCUUGCAGAACCCCUCCCUGCCCAGGCAUCCUCCCGGACUCCAGAUGGUGACCACAAGCAGGAACCCCUUUCCCAGAAGCCUGGCAUCCUGGACUUGCCACAGCUGAGUACUGCCCAAACUACUCCUUCAGGGGAUACUUCAGCCCAGAAACCUUCUGGUCCUGUGAGAGAGAAGACCAGGGCAGUCCGCCAAGGAAGUGGCCCAGAGAAGACCCUAGCGGGUGACAGAGUUGGACUGAACCUUGUGGUUUCCUCACCCACCAGUCCGAAAAGUAAGAGCUGGAUAUCAGAAGAUGAUUUCUACCGGCCUCCACAGGAGCCACCCCCAGAGAGUCCUUCAGAUCACUCCAUAGCUUCAUCCAAAGGGACUCCAGGCUCAAGGCCUGGUCUCCACAGGCAUUUUUCUCUAGGGCCAAGAAAAAGCCACUCCAUGGGGGACUUAGACAGAGUGCCUUCCCCAGGAAGCAGGAAAACCAAGGCAGCCCCCGAGCAGGAGCAUAAGAACUUCCGGGUGGUGCACCGGAGGCAGAUGGGGCUGUCCAAUCCAUUCCGGGGCCUCCUGAAGCUGGGCACAUUGGAACGGCGGGGAGCCAUGGGCAUCUGGAAAGAACUCUUCUGUGAGCUCUCCCCACUGGAGUUCCGCCUCUACCUGAGCGACAAAGAGCGCACCUGUGUGGAGAACUGCUCCCUGCUGCGCUGUGAGUCUGUGGGGCCAGCCCACAGCGAUGGGCGCUUCGAGCUGGUCUUCUCUGGCAAGAAGCUGACCCUGCGUGCCUCCUCGCAGGAUGAAGCCGAGGACUGGCUGGACCGGGUGCAGGAGGCCCUGCACAAGUAUCGGCCUCAGCAGGAGGACGAGUGGGUAAACAUCCAGUAUCCAGAGCAGCCAGAGGACCUCCCCGAGGCCCCCCAGGGUGGCCUCCCCUCCCACUCGAACGCACUCUCAGAGCCUGAAAGCUUCCAGGGCACGCAGUUUGAUUGGUCGUCUGCCCAUGUUCCGGAGCCAGACGCUAUUAAAGAAUCCCUUCUGUACCUGUACUCGGACAGGGUCUGGGCACCCUAUAUUUUUUCCCUGUCCUUGGAGUCUCUGAAAUGCUUCCGUGUGAGAAACAAUGAGAAAAUAUUAAGUGACAGCCAUGGAGUUGAGACCAUCCGAGACAUUCUGCCAGACACAAGCCUCGGGGGUCCAUCCUGCUUCAAAAUCAUCACAGCCAAGGCUGUCCUGAAGCUGCAGGCCAGGAAUGCCGAGGAGGCCGCCCUGUGGAGGGACCUGGUACGCAAGGUCCUGGCAUCCUACCUGGAGACAGCUGAGGAGGCAGUGACACUCGGUGGGAGUCUGGAUGAAAACUGUCAGGAGGUCCUGAAGUUUGCCACAAGGGAGAAUGGCUUCCUGCUUCAGUACCUGGUGGCCAUCCCCACAGAGAAAGGCCUCGACUCCCAGGGCUGCUUCUGCGCAGGCUGCUCCCGGCAGAUCGGCUUCUCAUUUGUACGACCCAAACUCUGUGCCUUCUCUGGCCUCUACUACUGUGACAUCUGCCACCAAGAUGAUGCCUCAGUGAUUCCGGCCAGAAUCAUCCACAACUGGGACCUCACUAAGCGCCCGAUCUGCCGGCAGGCCCUGAAGUUCCUGACACAGAUUUGGGCCCAGCCCCUCAUCAACCUGCAGCUGGUGAACGCAUCUCUGUACGAGCAUGUGGAGCAGAUGCAGCUCAUUGGGAGGAGCCGGGAGCAGCUGAAGCUUCUGGGUGAUUACCUGGGCCUGUGCCGAAGUGGGGCUCUGAAGGAGCUAAGCAAGAGGCUCAACUACAGGAAUUAUCUCUUGGAGUUCCCCCACAAGUACAGCAUCGCUGACCUUCAACAGAUCGCAGAGGGCGUGUACGAAGGAUUCCUCAAGACCCUGAUUGAGUUCGCCUCCCAGCACGUCUACAACUGCGAUCUGUGCACGCAGCGUGGCUUCAUUUGUCAGAUUUGCCACCAUCAUGACAUCAUCUUCCCCUUUGAGUUUGACACCACGGUCAGGUGUGCCGAGUGCAAGACUGUCUUCCAUCAGAGCUGCCAGGCCGUGGUGAAGAAGGGCUGCCCCCGCUGUGCCCGCCGACGCAAGUACCAAGAACAGAGCAUUCUCACCUAAUCCCAACCUCCUGUCCCCACCCUGGAGGCCACAGGGGCAAGGGUGCAGCUCAGCCAUUCCAGCUGGGUUUCGCAUCAGCCUGGGCUACUCUGUCUGCAGGUGUUGGGGCCACCUCUCCUUGUCAGGGAGACUGUCAGAUGUAACCAGAGCAUAAGCCUCCUGGAGAAAGCCACAGAAGUCCCAGAGGUGCCCCCCCCCCCCCGGGCAUCUGCUGCAGGAAGUGGGACACCAUCAGAUGCGCCCUUCCUCCAGGCCCUCUGCACUCACCAGGCCCUGGCUCACCUCCCUGUCCCUAGCACCUCCAUCAGGGCUGUGAAAACACCGUGGAAACGAGACUUUAGGGAAUGUUUUCAAUUUCACAUUCCUGAUUAAAAGGUCUAGUUUUUUAAGGUGGGUUUUUUCCCCCGUUCAUAUUUCAAUGGAAAACAUUUUUUAUUCUUGACUCUUCACAAGUCACCAAGAAGUCCAGGCCUUCUCACCCUGAGCAAGAUGUGCAGUUGCCGCUCAGACCCUCCCUGAUGGCUGGUGGGGAGCUGGCAGGCGGGCCACUGCUGGGAGAGAGACUGCCGGUAGGACCCGGUGCCUUUCCUGUGCCCUUGCUGGGCACCCAGAGCUCAAAUGCAACAGAGCUCUAGUGCAACGUGCCAAAAUGCCCGUGGGGCAGGGCGGGUCAGCCCCAUCGACCACCCUCUUCUCUCUCUCCUCCUCCUAUUCCAGCUUCCUCACCUGAAAAGCCCCUCCCCUUGCCCAAUGUCGCCCCCCCCCCCCCAGCCUGGGGUCUUGAUCCCAGCAGGAAAAUUACUCAAAACCAGCACUGUCAGCACUUUGAGCCUUCCUUGUUGCAAGGAAGGGGCCUCAUCUUGCCCACCCCUCACCCCCAUGCCCUCCUCAUCCCACCACACAGGCAGUCAGAGGGUGGGGUGCUGCUGCAGAUGCUCCAGGCCCACCUUAGGUGGGCUCCUGGGACACACCCCACCUGCCUCACUGCUGUCAGGGCAGGGAGAUGGGCUGGGCCCACAGAGGGCAGGGAGCCCAGGCCAGGGGCUUAUCUUGGGCACCGUGGCCGCUAGGCUCUGCACUGUGACAUGACCCUGUCGUUCUGUGAAGAGUGCAAGCCCCACUGCCAAGGUGUGCAGUGACCUGUGGGAGAAGCUAUGCUUGUGGAAGGAUCGUUAGCUUCAGUUUUCUAAGCCAUUAUUCACGAAGCUUUGCUGGACUUGCCCAGUAGGGGGCGCUGCCAGAGACUGGAAACUUUCAUGGGAAGGGCAUUGCCUUGGAGGAAGUCUUGGUGUUAGGAUGAGGCCUGAAGUUGUUUUCUAAGCGGUUUUUGGGCCCCUGGAGCUGGGGAUACAUCUGAGCAUGAAUUCUUUGCUGCCUUCCCCCACCUUUCCUGGACCCAGUGGGCCUCUCUCAGCCCCGGGGGCCUCUGGCCAUCUAACCUGCAUUCAGCUUGGAAAUGGAGGCCUCAGGUAGAGAUCCCAUCUGUCACUGUCAAAGGAUGACCCUAACCCCACCUCUCCCUUGGGGUGAUACAGCUGCUGAGUCACCUGGCCAGCCCUGUGGAGCUGGAUACAUUGUGCAAUAGGAUAGAGGAGGCUGCAGCAGGUGUGGAGCAGGGAGGCUGCCACCCAGCUUCUCCCUCCAUCAUGAAGGAUGGUGCACACCUGUGCCAGCACACACACCAAAGCCUCUAAACCAGAAAGGACCCUAACCCCCAACCCCUGUAGCCAGCAUUCAUGCCCCACCACAGGCACAGCUUGGUCAGAGUCGUAGCUGUUCCAGAAGCCUGAGUGGGCAGGAGCCCAGGCUGGGGUAGGCAGCACCGCCUGAACCUGGCCCUGUUUUCUCAGGCCUUGUGAGUCUAUCCUGGCAGGUGCCCUCAGGCAGCAGGAGUGAGGCCCUGGCAGAGCUCACCUGGGUUGGUGGGGCUUUCUCCCAUCCUGGGGAUUAUUAGCAUUAGGGCUCACCCCCUCCCCAUUACCAAAAAGCUGCUAGCGCUAAUGACCUUUGCUCGCUGGCCUCCAGUGGAAAGCUGGUGUGAACCUCAGUAGUGCCCACACUCUUUUAAAAGAUGUUAUUUUAUGCAAUAAACUGUCACUCCUGAGCGGGCUUCGGCCCCGAAAAGUGUUUUGCAAUGCAUUGAAGGAACUGCUGCCAUGGGAUUUUUGAAUGAUUUUGCAGUAAAGACCUGAUCUUUCUAA